UCUUUUUGUUUCUGGCUGCGUUCCUUCCUCUUUCCUUUUUUCUGUGAUGACAGCGACUCGGUCUCAGAGAAGAGAUUCUGCCAUAAGUGCAAUCUUCCUCUGACUCCAUCUUCUUCUUUCUUUCAACAUCGCCAUUUGUCUCACAUCAGGUUAUGCAUAUGUGAUAACUAUUGAAUGAUGUUUGACUGUGGUCGCAAGUCAGAAUACAUGGGUGGCCAGCGGGAAAACUUUUUGAGGUUGGAGGCCCUGGAUUCUACACUAUCUUCAUCUUCUGAUACUGGAGUUAUAAAAUCUGGAUUUAGUAUUGAUAAAUUAGGCCAUGGUGGUCAUGGAAGCAGCACGACUUCAAGGUCUUUUAAAAGGGGUAUGAGAAGGGGAUCUGAAGGGCUGAAAUCAAUUGGGCGAUCGCUUGGGUUGGGAGUAUCUAGGGCAGUGUUCCCAGAAGAUCUUAAAGUGUCUGAAAAGAAGAUAUUUGACCCUCAAGACAAAUUCCUGCUUUUAUGGAAUAAACUCUUUGUUACCUCGUGCAUUUUGGCUGUGUCUAUAGAUCCACUGUUUUUUUAUCUCCCAGUCAUUAAUAAUUCGUUUCACUGUCUUGGCAUAGACCGAAAGUUGGCAACAAUAGUUACAACAUUAAGGACAGUGAUUGAUGCUUUCUAUCUUAUGCACAUGGCUCUCCAAUUUCGUACUGCUUAUAUUGCUCCAUCUUCUCGUGUCUUUGGGCGGGGUGAGCUUGUGAUAGAUUCUGCACAGAUAGCCAAAAGAUACUUGCAGCGGUAUUUCAUCAUUGAUUUCCUAUCAGUGUUGCCUAUACCACAGAUUGUAGUUUGGAGAUUUCUUCUGAGGUCAAAAGGUUCAGAUGUGCUAGCAACAAAGCAGGCCUUGCUAUUCAUUAUCUUGUUUCAGUAUGUUCCUAGAUUUCUCCGAAUGGUACCAUUGACUUCAGAGCUUAAGAGAACAGCUGGUGUCUUUGCUGAAACUGCAUGGGCAGGUGCUGCAUGUUAUUUGCUGCUGUACAUGCUUGCCAGUCAUAUAGUUGGUGCAUUUUGGUACUUGUUAGCUAUUGAACGCAAUGACUCAUGCUGGCAGAAAGCUUGCAGUGACAAUGGCAAUUUGUGCGAUAAAAAUUUUCUUUAUUGUGGGAACCAGCUCAUGAAAGGUUAUAGUGCUUGGAAUAAUAGAAGUCAAGAUAUUCUAAAUUCAGCGUGCUCUGCAGAAGGUGAUCCUGCACCUUUCGAUUAUGGAAUUUUUGCGCAAGUCUUGACUUCUGGCAUAAUUUCAUCUAAGAAAUUCAUCUCUAAAUACUGUUACUGUUUAUGGUGGGGGCUCCAGAAUUUGAGUACACUUGGCCAGGGGCUUCAAACUAGCACCUAUCCUGGGGAGGUUAUCUUUUCAAUAGCACUAGCUAUUUUUGGUCUCAUCCUCUUUGCACUUCUGAUUGGCAACAUGCAGACAUAUCUUCAGUCUCUCACAAUUAGGCUCGAGGAAAUGAGAGUUAAAAGGCGUGAUUCAGAACAGUGGAUGCAUCAUCGGUUACUCCCACAAGAGCUUAGAGAGCGUGUGAGACGGUAUGAUCAAUAUAAGUGGCUGGCAACGCGUGGUGUAGAUGAAGAAAAUUUAGUUCAGAGUCUACCAAAGGAUCUUCGAAGAGAUAUUAAGCGUCAUCUCUGUUUGGCCUUAGUGAGGAGGGUUCCACUAUUUGAGAGUAUGGAUGAGAGAUUGCUUGAUGCCAUCUGUGAGAGACUGAAACCAUGUUUAUUUACAGAGCAUACUUACAUCGUUCGGGAAGGAGAUCCAGUUGAUGAGAUGCUUUUCAUCAUACGUGGUCGCCUUGAGAGUGUUACCACAGAUGGUGGGAGGAGUGGAUUUUUCAACCGCAGUUUUCUAAAGGAAGCGGACUUCUGUGGGGAGGAGCUAUUAACCUGGGCCCUGGAUCCCAAAUCUGGUUCUAAUCUCCCAUCUUCCACUAGAACAGUUAAAGCAUUAAUGGAGGUUGAGGCUUUUGCCUUAACAGCCGAUGAGUUAAAAUUUGUUGCCAGUCAAUUUAGACGCCUUCACAGCAGACAGGUUCAACACACUUUCCGAUUUUACUCCCAGCAAUGGAGGACUUGGGCUGCAUGCUUUAUUCAAGCAGCAUGGCGUCGGUAUUCUAAAAAGAAACUCAUGAAGCUUCGUCAAAAGGAAGAAGAUGCUGAUGAAUCAGAGGGAAGUCAUGAAACUGGUGGUGGAAAUUCCUACAGCUUUGGUGCUGCCCUGUUAGCCUCUAAGUUUGCUGCGCACACUCUUCGUGGCGUUCAUCGUAAUCGACUUGCUAAGACUGCCAGGGAGUUGGUGAAACUUCAGAAACCCCCAGAGCCUGAUUUCUCUGCAGAUGACGCUGACUAAAAUUUUCAUGUAUGACUACUCUCUUAAAAUGCUUGUUUUGACUGUGAUUGAAUUUGUGAAAGAAGGUUGAAAACAGUGUAUUAUACAACUAUCCUUGUAAUGACUCUUCCUCUGUUACCAUGUAAAUUAUAAUAUUACAUUAAAGCCAACUGUCAUAUUAGGCCUGCCACCUGGCAAGUAAACUGAUAUAUAUUGUUCUCAACUUUAUUGUUGAAGUUAUUGGUUUGCUUUUGCACAAUCAA